AUGACUCUUCUCGCUGUCGAUCUCAAGGAAGGCACCAAGACCGUUCACGCCGAGGCCGAGCGUUCAAAGUUCGUCAAGUACUUUUUCAAGGGCGAGAUUUCCCCUGCUGUCUAUGGCAGGUUCCUCAUCUCUCUCUACCAGAUCUACAGCGCUCUUGAAAAGGCCCUUGACGAGCACAAGGACAACGCAAACAUCCAGCUUAUUUACUUCCCCAAAGAGCUCUCCCGUAAGCAGGCCCUCGAGGAGGAUCUCGAGUUCUUUAACGGCUCCGAAUGGCGUGAGAUGCUGAACCCUGUCUCGCCCGCCCAGAAGGCCUACAUCGAGGCCAUCGAGCGCUGCAGUGCCACCAAACCCGAGCUGCUCAUCGCUCAUGCCUAUGUCCGCUACCUUGGUGAUCUCUCCGGUGGUCAGAUCCUGGCCAAGAAGCUGCAGAAGUACAACGACUUGCCCGAGGGCAAGGGUGUUGCCUUCUACAGCUUUGACGAGAUCGAGGACAAGACCGGGUUCAAGGACCAAUACCGCAUUCGUCUGAACCAGGUUGAAGUCGAUGAGGUGACCCACAACCAGAUCGUCCAGGAGUCCUGCCAGGCCUUCAUCCGAAACAUCGAUAUCUUCCAGGAGUUUGAUGACGAGCUUGUCGGCUUGCCCUUGUCAAAGAAGGAGCAGGAAGCCCUUGAGGCAGCACAGGCCGCUGAUGCUGCCAAGGCCACUACUCUGAUGUCGUCCUUGGCUCCCUCGAAUUUGAUCAAUAGCCUGGCUGUCGCUGUCGGCUUAAGGUCAAGUGCUUAA